CAUAGUAGAGCAUCAGAACAUCAAAUCCCUCGUGCAAAGUUCAAUAUCUGAACCCUUUUUUCUUCUUUUAACUAGGAGGUUUGUUUAGAGAAAAUUUGUGAAGGGAAGGAUGGCAAAUAAGGAGGCAGGUGUGACUGUGAGCAUGGAAGUAGAGGAUGAUGGCAUUGCACUCAUCACCAUCCGUAACCCACCUGUUAAUGCACUUUCACUCUCAGUAAUUGCUGGCUUGCGGGAAAAAUAUGGUGAGGCAAUGAGAAGAGAUGAUGUCAAGGCUAUUGUUUUGACGGGUGCUGAUGGUAAAUUCUGUGGCGGUCUGGACAUCAGUUUUUUGCAGGAAGUACAGAAGACUGGGAACGUCUCACUUCUGCCAAAUGUGUCAUUUGAUCUUGUUGUCAACACAAUAGAAGAUGGCAAGAAACCUUCUGUUGCUGCUAUUCAAGGAUUUGCUCUGGGAGGUGGCUUGGAACUGGCAAUGGGAUGCAGUGCACGAAUUGCUGCACCAAGAGCAGAACUUGGUUUACCAGAGCUUAAGCUUGGGAUAAUUCCUGGUUCUGGAGGCACUCAACGUCUUCCAAGGCUCGUGGGAGUUUCAAAGGCCAUCGACAUGAUGUUGUCGUCCAAGACUAUAACUUCGGAAGAAGGGGCAGAGUUGGGUGUCAUUGAUUCUAUAGCAUCUCCUGAUGAGCUCUUAACUGCAUCUCGUCAAUGGGCACUAGACAUUGUAGAAGGGCGUAGACCCCAUAUUAAUAGUCUUCACAAGAGUGACAAACUUGUAGCUGCCCAUGAUUUAGAUGAUAUCUUUCAAAAAGCUAGGCAAAAUGCACAGGCGAAAUUUCCAAAUGAGCCUCACUACGGUGCCUGCCUUGAUGUGAUUGAAGAGGGAAUCAUCUCUGGGCCAAACUCUGGUCUCCUGAAGGAGGACAAAGUUUUCAAAGAAUUGUUGCUAUCCAACACUGCAAGAGGUCUUCUUCAUGUAUUCUUUUCAGAGCGUGCUACAUCAAAGGUUCCAGCUGUUACAGAUUCUGGGUUCAAGGCACGGAAGAUAGAGAAAGUUGCUGUAAUUGGUGGUGGUCUAAUGGGAUCUGGCAUUGCUACUGCCCUUGUUGUCAAUAACAUACAUGUGAUACUUAAGGAGAUCAAUUCUGAAUAUCUUCGACAGGGACUGAGAUCAAUAGAAGCUAAUCUCCAAGGCCUCCUAUUGAGAGGAGAAUUAGAGGAGGAUAAGAUGAAAAAGGCCCUGUCACUUCUUCAAGGUGCUUUGGACUAUGAAGAAUUUAAGAAUGUGGAUAUGGUCAUUGAGGCUGUUAAUGAGGACAUAUCCUUGAAACAAUCAAUCUUUGAAGAACUUGAAAAGGUUUGUUCUUCCAACUGCAUCUUAGCAUCAAAUACAUCCACAAUCGAUCUCAAUGUGAUUGGUGAAAGAACAACUGGCCAAGACCGCAUUGUUGGUGCACAUUUAUUCAGUCCUGCUCAUGUGAUGCCUCUCAUGGAAAUCGUGAGGACGGAAAGAACGUCUCCAAAAGUAGUAUUUGAUGUCAUGAGAUUCGCGAAGAUCAUUAAGAAGGUUCCAAUUGUAGUUAAGAACUGCACUUGUUUUGCUGCUAACCGACUAUUCUUACCAUAUCUUCAAGCAGCAGAUAUGUUGGCGAAUUUAGGUGUGGAUAUUUUCAGAAUUGACCAAGUGAUAUGUGAAUUUGGCAUGCGAAUUGGACCUUUUCAGGUUCAGGAUGUGACAGGAUAUGACGUGUAUCUGGCAGCCAUGAAAGAGUUUUCUGCCGCAUAUUCUGAAAGGACUUUUCUGUCUCCUUUGGUUCAACUUAUGCAAGAAAGUGGACGGGCAGGUAAGAAGAAUGGAAAAGGAUACUACGUGUAUGAAAGAGGAAGCAGGCCAAAACCUGAUGCAUCCGUGCAACAAAUUCUGGAGCAGACUAGGGAGCUUACCCGCAUUGUUGCUGAUGGACAGCCAAUAUCUCUGACGGACCAAGAUAUCGUGGAAAUGAUAUUCUUUCCUGUGGUAAAUGAAGCCUGCCAUUUGGUUGAUGGAGGAGUUGUGGUCCGGGCAUCAGACAUUGACAUAGCAUCUGUUCAUGGGAUGAAAUUUCCUUCAUAUUAUGGAGGAAUAUUAUUCUGGGCUGAUUCACUUGGACCAGACUACAUUUGCUCAAGGCUGACAAAUUGGUUCAAGGCCUAUGGAAACUUUUUCAAGCCAUCCAAAUAUUUGGAGGAGAGGGCCAGGAAAGGUAUCCUAUUGGGAGCAUCAUCCACUUGACUGGAAUUGAAUGAAUGAACUUUCUUUUCUGGUACCAUAUGUUUGGGGCAAAUAAGUCGCUUUGUGACAAAGACUUGCCAUGGAAUGUAGAAGGCUACAAUCAUUUUCUGGAAUUCCUAUGUAGACAUGCAAAUUAUCGUCUUUCUGUUUUAUAUUUGGGAUCAGAUACAUCAUAUCAACUGCUGUAUGCUGUCAAGUUGAAAGACUUGAAUUUUUAUUCUCACUUUCUAUUGAGUUUCAUGGUACACCCUUACCU